GAAAUAUUUAACUAAAAACAAAAAACAAAACAAAAAUUGAGCCCGGUCGCGUUUGAACUGUUUGGCCAUCGCAGGCUACCGUCGUCAUCCCGGAAAAAUGGCCGGCUCGACAUGGCUCCGCUGUGUUUUGGGGCCUCAUCUUCAGAGAGUUCACCGCUCCCCGGACCAACCACGACCCGAAGGACGAGCCGGGAGGAGGGGAUGGAACUACCAGCCAGGGAAUCUGGAGAAACACACCGACAGCAUCCUCGGUUGGGCCUCAGCACUGUGGUAUCUGUCCUACUACAGCUCUCCUCUCCUGCUAUGUUAUCUGUAUAGAAAAGGCUACAUCUGCAGCAGUAAAUUGGCACCAGUGAGUCAGUAUAUGGCAACAGCGCUUUUGUGUCUUUUUGGAGUGGCGUGUCUGCGAGGCUGGGGAAGAUGGAGGAGUGCAGAAUAUCUUCAGUUUAUUUCCAUUUUGGAGGAGGCAAAGACGAAUCACUCACCAGCUAACAAGAAAAAACUGAGAUGCUACGACUUUGACUUCUCUCAAUGGCCUGCAGAUUUCCGCUGGGCAGAGGCAAACAAUCCGAAGCUUUCCAAGGCCGGCGUGUCUCUGCUGAAGCCCGAGCCCAGACUGAGAGGAGCAGCAGACGGCGUGCUUCGCUCCAUGCGCACUGUGCCAUGCCACGUCAUCAGUUUUCUCAUCGUUCACUCGUUUGGGAGGAGGAUGCUGUAUCCUGGCUCUGUGGGAUUGCUGCAGAAAGCCAUGAGGCCCAUGCUCCAGCAAGGCCAGGCCAAGCUAAUAGAGGAGUUUGACGGGCAGAGGAACAAGAUGAUAGCAUGUGACGGCAAUGAGAUCGACACCAUGUUUGUGGAUCGAAGGGAAGGCGGCGGACGCAAGGGACAGACCCUGGUCAUCUGCUGCGAAGGCAAUGCCGGCUUCUACGAGGUGGGGUGCAUGAACACCCCCCUAGAAGGCGGCUACUCCGUCCUGGGAUGGAACCAUCCGGGCUUCGGAGGCAGUACGGGGGUGCCUUUUCCACAGAAUGAGGCCAACGCCAUGGAUGUUGUUAUUCAGUUUGCGAUACACAAGCUGGGCUUCCAGCUCAACAACAUAGUCGUAUACGCCUGGUCCAUAGGCGGAUUCACAGCUACUUGGGCAGUGAUGUCAUACCCAGAGAUCCAGUCGGUGGUGUUGGACGCCUCUUUUGACGACCUCCUGCCUUUGGCCCUCAAAGUCAUGCCUGAAAGCUGGAGACCCCUGGUGCAGCACACAGUGCGACAGUACAUGAACCUCAACAAUUCAGAGCAGCUCCUCAAAUACCAAGGACCUGUCCUGCUUAUCCGGAGAACCAGGGAUGAAAUUAUCACCACCUCGAGCCCAGACGAUGUCAUGUCUAAUCGAGGAAACGACCUUUUGCUCAAGCUGCUUCAGUUCAGGUACCCCAAAAUAAUGACGGAGGAAGGCGUCCGAGUGGUCCGGCAGUGGUUGGGGGCCUCCACUCCCACGGAAGAAGCGUCCGUGUACAGCGGCUACGAGGUGGACGACGACUGGUGUCUGUCCGUGCUGCUGUCCUAUCAGGCGGGCAGCAACCUCUCGUUCCCAUGGAAUGUUGGCGAGGACAUGACUCUUGAAGGAAGACGACAGCUGGCUCUUUUUCUGGCUCGGAAGCACAUGAGGAACUUUGAGACGACGCACUGCACGCCUCUGCCCGCCUCGGAGUUCCACCCCCCGUGGGGGCUGUGAGCGGCCGUGAUGGAUGUGACCAUCACCAGAUGUAUUCUUCACUUGUGGUUUGUUUUGUUUUUUUAAUCCGUGUUCUAUGCUAGCCAGCAGUACAGAAACGUGCAUCCUCUGCUUUUGGAGUUUUAAAAGGGAUGUAUUAUUUAUCUUCUAGCACGACUCCAUUACCCAACAUGCUGUUCUGUCACAUAACCUAAAAUAGAAUCCCUUAAAUAAACUCUUGGAAUAACUA